AUGGGAAACUCAAAUCAUAAACCAACGGGGACAAAAAGCACCAAACUGGGGAAAAGCUCGAGUGCAAGUAGAACGGUGCCACCCAAGGCGUCAGUUCUGAAGUCAAAGCUGAAGCUGAGAUCAAAGCGGACAAAGGCGCAGAUCGAGAAACUCAACCAGGAUGAAUCCACGAUAGCAAGCAUCCAUGCAGCAUUACUGGCCCGGGGGCAGGUCCCAAAGGAGGUGAAAAUAUUGGAUGCUCAGAGUCUAAGAGAAGGCAUGCUCAAAGAUCAGCAGACGAAACUCCAAAGCGAGAAGGCUGAGAAAGAUUUAGCUUCGCAGUUGGAGCUCAUCACGGGGAUGGCACUAUAA